CGAGUGGACCGCACAGUUCCAUAGUAUCGGCCGAGGCGUGAACACUACGACACAGAGCCGAAUGUCCACGGAACAUGGACACAGUAACCGCUUUCACUAUCUUGUGCCUCCUUAUCGUAGAAGCAAGAAUCAUCCCAGAUAACUACAGCAAAGAAAGGAGAGCAUUACUAGACGAAGAAACACUCACAGCUGUCGGUGGAAAACAACACCUAAAUGAAGAUGAAACGAUAGCAAACGAUAUACUCAUGAAAUGGAAGAUGAACGAACUCAACGAGUCCUACAUCAACCCGCAACAUUUCAACUUCUCUAAACACUACUUCUCAUACAAGAAGGACAUUGAAAAAUCUAAAGUGUACCAAAUUAUAAAGCGGAUGCCCAAAGGUGCAGUGCUACACGUGCAUAGCUCGCUAAUGCUGAGCGCCGAUGUUCUAGUGAAAUUGACGUAUGAAGACCAUCUGUACGCGUGCUACUCACAUGACGAUGUGCGAUUAUAUUUCUCGGAGACGACCCCAGACCGACCUUGUCCGACUAAGUGGGAUCUUGUUAGCGAACUCAGGAAUUCUUCCGGUGAUCCCGCGGCCUUUGAUUCACAAUUGAAGAAAUAUUUCACACUUGAUAAAGAUGACGGUGAAGAUUACAAUUUCGUGGACAUUAACACAGUUUGGAAGAGGUUUGAUAAAGUGUACUUUGCUAUUAAAUCGUUAAUUUCAUACCGACCAGUGCGGGAGAAGUAUUGGUAUGAAACGUUACAACAGUUUUAUGAUGAUAACAUUAUGUAUAUAGAAAUUCGUUCCGGUCUACAAAGUCUAUACGAAUUAGAUGGCACAAAACACAAUAAGAAAUAUUUACUCGAUCUCUACAAGAAAGUGACAGAAAAAUUCAUUGAGACACAUCCAGACUUCAUCGGUGUUAAAUUGAUAAUAACUAAACACAGAGCUCAAAGCAUCGACCAGGUGCUGGAAGCUUUGAACAUGGCGAGGAGAUUGAAAGUUGAGGAACCAGAUAUGAUAGCAGGAUUUGACCUUGUGGGCCAAGAAGACAUAGGAAGACCGCUGACAGAUUUUCUACCCGCACUAUCUGAAGCGAAAGGCGAUAUAAAUUUCUACCUACACGCUGGAGAGACAGCUUGGCUAGGAACUUCAGCUGACGAGAAUCUGGUGGACGCAAUUCUUCUAGGCUCGAAGAGGAUAGGCCACGGGUACGCUCUGACGAAGCACCCGUCUCUGAUGUCAGCUGUGAUGAAGAAGGACAUUGCUUUGGAAGUGAAUGUGAUCUCCAACGUGGUGUUGUCGUUGGUGCACGAUGUGAGGAACCACCCCUUGGCCUCGUACCUGGCUAUGGGCGCGCCUGUAGUGCUGUCCAGCGACGACCCUGGCGCUUGGAGCGCGGAGCCACUGUCUCACGACUUCUUCGUGGCGUUCAUGGGCGUGGCCAGUAAGCACGCGGACCUGAGGAUGCUGAAGCAGCUCGCCCUGAACUCCAUCACGUACAGUGCGCUGGACGAUGAAGGUAAAGCGAGACUGCUCAAAGUGUUCAACGAACGGUGGGAUAGGUUUGUGAGAGAUGUUAUCACUGAUGUGUCCUUAUUAGAUACUAAUGUAGUUUAGACACUUUUAGGUUUAAAAUCUUUAAGAAUACAAUUCCGCCUUUGACAAGAUGGCGCGUAUCGUGACCUGUAAAUAUAAACUCAGUACAAAUGUAUACAGUAAGUAGGAACUAAGAAGUGAGAUUAUACUUUAUGAGUAGUGUCUGUAUUAUUUAUCUAUUUUCAUGCAAUCGUUUAUUUAUAUCUCAGUGAAUGCAAUUAUAAAAUAUACGCUUAUGUACAUAAUUAUGUCAUCGUCUAGGGCUCAAAGUCAAAGUUUUCUUUUUCGACAAUGUCUCUUAGAUAUCUUUGCACCUACGUGCAAAGCUCCGGAGCUGCAAACUACCUAACGGGUUUACCGGAGCUCUGGCUCGAAAAGCAGGAGUAGGAACGGGGUGGUUUUUAGUCAAUAAGAGUCUGACACUCCCUCUCGCCUCGCACAAGGCGGGAGAAGUCAGUGGAAUAUUAACCCAUCAAAAAAGAAGGUGAAAAAACGUCUGAGACAUCGUAGUGUUUAAUUGAAUGACUGUGUCUAUAAAUAAUAUUCUUAGAUAGUUCUAAGAAAACCUUAAACUAUAGUUAGUUUAAGGUUGAUUUUGCAAUGUUUCUUAGACAGAAGAACUGUGUGCUAUUGUCAGUUCCACGGUUUAUCUUCAAAGACAUACGUUAUUACGAAGUGCAUUAUAAUCAUACUAAUUAUUUAUUUAUUUAUUAGUGUUACGUGAACUUUAUACAAAUAUAUUUUUUAGAUCGAAAGAUUAUAUGUAUCUGGUUUUAGAACAAAUAUGUAUAAAGAGUUUUCAAGUAGGUAGUACUUUAAUAAUGUACCUAUACCAAAUUUAUAUUACAUUUAUGUUUAUUAAAAAAAAUCGUGUCAUUAGUUCACUGACACACAAUUAGAUAGUUCAUUGACACUAAUCAGCUGAUGCGUGCUAUGUUUUUAAAGUUUUUUUUUAAAUAUCUCAAUUACUAAGUAGUACGGAACUUGUAGGUCGAGUCGUCUCAAGAACACUCAAUGUAAGGUCUCGGAUUCAAUGCUUGGCUCGGAUAAAGAAUAGGGUAGAUGACUAAUUCUUAUUUUAAUGUCCGUCUUAUAGAUUAUUUUAAAAUAUUAGGCACAUAUUUUUUAUUUUCUUACGGAUACAAAUACUUUCGAAGAUAUAAUAAUUUGAAAUAUCGCGUGACGUUACUUCUAGUUACGUUUUAUACGUAGAAAUGUAAUUGCGUAAGAGUGGAAACCCCUAAAAUUUGAUUUGUUACUGCUCGAUGAAAAAAUACUGCUUUACCCUGUUUGUACCUUAUAAUAAUUAAGUCGAUUUAUUUUUAGUUUUAUCUAUUAAAAGACACAAUCAUGUAAACGAGUUGCUAUGUAAAUAAUCUUUAAUAUACAUAGGUAAUGUUAAGAUAUUGUAUAUGUAAAUUAAUCUUAAUGUAAUUUAUACGAUAAUUAAUGAGGUUGUAAUCGAUUAAGUUUUUAUAAUUAUGUAAAUAAUUAAUUAAUUAAUCUGUGAUUGUUUAUUAAAUCUGAUAAGUU